AUGUUCGCGCGCCCAUCUGGCAGCGCCCCUGUAUGCCUCCGAUGCAGACUCCGCCUUCAGCUUCGACUUGCGCGCCAGUCCCACCACCGUCCAUUUCUCAGUAUACAACAGGCCUCUCAGUUCUCGUCGAGCCGCAACGCUCAACUUCGAAUCAUUCGAGAAACACAGAGGCCGCGACCCCAACGCGAUGACAUCAAGCGCAAGCCGACAGUGCCUAAAUACAGCUAUCCACUCGGUCGUAUCCGCGGCAAGAAAGAAGCGCCAUUGAGGGAGGGCACCGUGCCGUUGCCAAUCGACUCCCUGGGUGAACCGAGCCAAGUCAUUAUACUCAAAGAUGCGGGGAUCAAGCCUCCACCUAAGCCCAGCAAAGUGGACGUGAAAAAAGGGCUAGCGGGAGACCUAUCCAGUCAUAAUCGGCCAGUCCACCCAAACAAAGGGACGAAGCCCGGUCAAGACGAAAUUCUAAGGGCUAUCACUGAGCAGAACAACAUCUUGGGGCCGGAGGAAGUGAACAAGCAGAUAGAGGGGCUGAAACCAGGGCAGGGAGGUAGCCGCGGUGGAAGGCUAGUGCUGCCAAAAGACGAAUUCGAUACUAGAGCGAGCAUCCUGCAUGAUGGCUUCACAACUACACAGCUGCUGGGUUAUCUCGAUCGAGGGACGGACCGAGCCGGGACUGUGGACGAGCGCAAGCAACAGGAGCUUGCUCCAACAGAGCAGGAUAAGAAGGGAGCUGUCCACCGCGUCUCCAGAUCAAGCUGGACACCUGGCGUCAGGCCCAUCCCACAGGGCGCACAGAGCACCGCUCAGAGGCCACAUUCGCCGAAGAAGAUGGGUAUAAUCGACAAGAUACUCCGUAUCAACUGGAAGAUCGACGUGCUUGAGGAGAUCGAGUCGCCCGGUGAGCUCGAUAUUAGUGGAGUUCAGCGGUGGCAGAUGCGACUAUUGGUGGCAGGCGAACCCUCGAAACUCGAUCAGAUCCGAAACCACCGCAGAGUAACUAUCUCAGUGAACCAGACUUCUCGCAUCAUCAAGAUCAUGGCGCCUAAAGACAGCGCCGAAUACGCUGCCGACGACAUCGAGACCGCGCUGCACGCUUGCCACAGUUUGACCGUUGAUUUCGCACCUUUCAAGCCGCUGUCCAACUCCGGAACCAAGGGGCCACAGCGACUGUUCACAGACGAAGACCUCGUACUGGCAUCCGAACUGAGUGGCGCAUUCCUGCGAAGGUCAGAUACAGGCGGUCCUCGUGUAUUUGUCAGCGGCCUGGAUGCAGCUCAAGCCGAAGACGGACGGCGAGUCCUCCUUUCGAUGCUCGAUCUGCCAACCACGAGCGAGGGAAAGAUCCUCACGACUAGCGCGAUAAAGAAGCUUGGUAUACUCUCUCCUCACGGCCGCAAGAGAGCGCUGGCGUAUCGUGACCAACGGAAGAGCCUUGGGAGAUGGUCUUUCCCAAUUCGGCGAGGCUCACUACAAGACUCUGCAGAAAGUAUUAGAGAUGCCAGUUCGUCGCGGCCUGGGCAGGUUCGUAAAGAGGUUAUCAAGUUUCUCCAGCAGUCCAGCUCAUUAAAGGCACUCCCAAUCGACGUCCUACCUCCUGCCGCUACCUCAACCUCAACCUCCGCCUCGAGCUCGACAACCUCGACCCCGAUGCCUGACGUAUCGACGCCGGGAACCUCAGCACCCGAUACCUUACCCUCCGAACCACCCUCCGAAGCGCCAUUACCUGCAACUCCACUCGAAAAUCCGACAACCGGGACCUCGACAUCCAAAGCUCCAGAAUUCGAAUCAGACUUUUCAAGAAGCCCCUACAACUGGUCUCCCAUCCCUCACACCUCAACCACCGCAACCCUCGGCCACAUCCUCCAUCGCAUCCCUAUCUCUCCACCAACCCGAGUCCUCACACCCACCCCGCUCUCAAUCCUCCUCUCCGGCCCCCGCACCCACACCUUUAGCCCGCACACCCCCUCCCUCCCCACCAUUCUUAGCCACCUCAGCGCCAGCCCCACCGCCGCCACCCCCACAAACACCGGCGCGCACCUCCUCUUCCGCUAUAUCCCGAAUCCCUGGUCCACCUCCACCGCCACCACCAGUACGCCCGGGGGGCUCAAAGCCCUGACCGCGAUCCCAGAGCUGCACAUCACCUUCGCGAUCCCUGCAGGCGCGACACAGGACCAGGCGCGCCUCGAGAGCGUGGCGCUGGCGUUGGGCCAGGAGUACAGGGAUGUCGCGAUGCCGGACCGCGGCGUCGAUGUUCGGUUCGCGCGGCGGGAGAUGUUGUUCGCGGCGGGCGCGGAGAGGGAGGACGGGCCGUUCGCGGGCCUGGUGGGGGAGAUUGGGGUGGUGGUGCGUGGACAGGGACGGCUGAGGGCGCCGAGUAGUGUUAGGGUUGGGGUGCCGGCGUGGACGGUGACGGGCGCGGGCGAGGAGGGCAGGGGUGGGAGUGGGAAGAGCGGGAAGGGGAAGGGGAGGGAAGAGAGGGUGCGGGAGUGGAAGGAUGGGGAGACGGUGGAGGUGGAGUAUCUGUGGCAGGGGGUUGAGUGGAGGGAGAGUGUGGAGGUGGGGGCUGAGGGGCACAGGCUGAGGUAUGUGGCUGUGGAGGGGGGGAAGCUGGGGGGGAGACGGGGUGAGGUUAGGUUAGGACUUGAGGAGGAUGCGAAGGAGGACGCUGUGAGGGAGUUCGUGGAUGCGGCGUUCAGGCUUGCGGAGAGGGCUGGUGGAAGUAUAUCAGAUGAUGUGGGGAAGGCAGGAGGAGAAGGCGAUGAAGGGAGCUCGGAAGCUCGUUGGGAGGGAGGAGUUUCGUCCUAG